ACACACACACACAGCCCGGAACAAGACAGAAGCCUCUGGUAGCGAGGAAAGCUAGCCGCGUCCAUGUGUGUGCUACAGCUGCUGUCACAAGGGUGAAGAGUCCGCGAAACCAUUUCAAGAACAAAUCGUACUUUUCUCUAUCUGAAGACUCCGCUAGACGACAUAAAACUGAACGGCAGGGACCGACAUAGACAUGGCGACUUCCAGCUCCUGUGUUGUGAUCAGUGAUGAGGAGCAGGGGUAUGACCUGGACCUUUUCUGCAUACCAAAGCACUAUGCCGCUGACCUGGAGAGGGUCUACAUUCCACAUGGACUCAUCUUGGACAGGACAGAGAGACUGGCCAGAGAGAUCAUGAAGGAAAUGGGGGGGCACCACAUUGUAGCCCUUUGUGUGCUCAAAGGGGGCUACAAGUUCUUUGCAGACCUGCUGGACUACAUCAAGGCCCUGAACAGGAACAGUGACCGCUCCAUCCCAAUGACAGUGGACUUCAUUCGCCUCAAGAGCUACUGUAACGACCAGUCAACAGGUGAAAUCAAAGUUAUUGGUGGAGAUGACUUGUCUACAUUGACAGGCAAGAAUGUCUUGAUUGUGGAGGAUAUCAUCGACACAGGGAAGACAAUGAAGACAUUAUUGCAACUCCUCAAACAGUACAAUCCCAAAAUGGUUAAAGUAGCAAGUUUGUUGGUGAAGAGAACACCAAGGAGUGUUGGCUACAGACCAGACUAUGUAGGAUUCGAGGUCCCUGACAAAUUUGUGGUGGGAUACGCGCUAGACUACAAUGAGUACUUUAGAGAUCUUAAUCAUAUCUGUGUCAUUAGUGAAACGGGGAAGGAGAAGUACAAGGCAUGAAGAGCACUUCAUAACAAAUUUUAAUGUAUGGUUUUAUCUUUUACUGUCCAUUUUCUAUUUUGUUACUUCAUAUUUGUGUCAUAAAAAUUACUCAGCCUGCUCAGGGUCACUGAGGAUACACUGAUUAUGGUGAUAAUCCUAACAGUUGCAUUUCCUGUUUUAGCCACCACACACACAAACACAUGCACACAUGCUAUAUUCAGCUAUAGAUAAAACUGAUUUCCUUAGAUAGAACCACAUCUGGACUGAACAGCAUGGAGCCCAGCUUCACUUGAAAUUAGAAUAAUGCUUGUAUGCCCACACACUGAUUAUUAUUAUUUUUUUUUAUACAAUGGAAUAAUUUAUUCGAAGCAAUGCUUCUAACUUGUAAUACAAUAUCACAAUUGUUGUGCUAACAUAACAUUUGACAAACUCCUAUUUUAUAAUACUUUGCGUUUAUUGUAAUUCUACUUUUACCAGAUAUUAUCAAUAUGGGCACUUGAAAAGAGGAUAUUACACCUGUAUGUAUAUUUUGGGACAAAGCACUUUUCUAUGUUACUGGGUUCUGUGAGAACAUUUUCUUAAGAUUGACUGUGUAGCAAGGUAACAGAAAUUUUGGCUGCUGUCCCUCAUUGAACACAUUACAAUGCUGAAGAUGAAAUAUCCUCUUUAUAUCAAUGAAAUCUUUAUUUGAACGAAACAUAUAUGCAUCCAGUUUCUUUGUGUAACAUAAAAGACAAAAAUCAUUUUUAUGCUGGAAUAGCUCUAUACUGUAUAGUAUACAGAUGUGUAAAUGUUCAGUUGAUAGUUCAACUGAAGUUAAAUGUUGUUCAAUCACAUUUGAAAUAUUUAAUCUGUAUCUGCUUGUCAUUGAAUCAGACAUAAUUUGACUACCUUUUUCUUAAAUUGAAACUAUAUUACACUCUCUCAUUCAAUGUUGUUGUCACUAUAAACCAGUGUCAAUUGAAUUUCAUAAUACCAGCCAUUAAAUGUUCACACCCCUCCUGUCACUUGUAGAUUUUACUAUAAAGCUCUGUAUACAGUUUAAUAUCAACUACUUGGAAUGGUGAAAUGAUUUCUGUGCAGUUGAUGGUGAUAAUACUGGGAAGUACCGUGGUGAUGAAUGAUGUUACAUGAUGUGUUCUUACAUCAUGUCACUGGGGCUAAAAGCUCCCUGGGAAAGGGUUAAGGUAAGUCUGAACGGCUGCAGUCAUCAGUGAUUAUGAAUGUUUGACCUGUUUUUGUUAUGGGACCUUGAGCUCCAAGCUUUCCAUCUGUACAGUAGGACAAUGUACAUGUCAUCUAUUAUAUCACCAGUAACUGAGAGUCAAGAAAAAUUACACAACUGUCUGAAUUAAA